AUGACUUGGUCAGCAUCAAAUCUGCACAUAGGAAGAAGCAUCCACGGACUGGACGGAACGGAUAGCUUUCGCCAGCUCAACGUCAUCCAACUAUCAAGAUUCAGAGAUAUCGAUCCCGCAAUUGGAACAACAUUACCCUCUAUAAAUGCAUCCACAGCUUCGACGGAUGCGUUCACUCUGUGCCUAGAGACCAUUUUCAUCAGCUCCUCGUCGACAUCGAAUCCCCUCAAUGGCAAACACCUUCGCACUAUCUGGAGACGUUGGAGUGGAAAUCCCAAAGGAUUGACGGGGCCGCUUAAAGGAGGUGUCAUUCUCGAAACCCUGUCACAACGCUGGAAUUUCACGUAUGAAAUGGUCACGGUGAGUGAAAAUGUGCUGGAGCCACCACCAAACGGAAGAGGACUUUACAAUUACCUGUGGGAAAACCAAUGCGAUUUUUUGGUUCACGAAGUGACGCUGACACCUCGGCGCCUUAAGAUGUCCGACUAUACAUUGCCUUGGGCAUACGACCAAUUUGCAUUCAUCAUUCCCAUCGCUGACGAAUCAGCAAACAUCAACGCCGUCGUCAAACCAUUUCAAUGGCCGGUUUGGCUGGGACUUGGCAUAUCGAUCGUUUGCGUUAUUGCGGUUUUGACUUUAAUGCUACGCUACUUGGACUAUCAAUCCAAAUUAUUUACGAUAGGAAACAAACCACGUGAAGACGGUGACAUUUCGGUUAACCCGCAAAAUAGUCGCCGUGACGUAAACGUAGCCAGUAAAGAGUAUUUGUACGUUUUCGGGAAUUUGCUAUCACAAGGCGGCACCUGUACAUCGAAACGGUUACCAUUUCGAACAGUCGCUGGCGUGUGGACCCUGGCCGCUUUCAUCUUUGUCCAGGCCUACACGUCGACUCUCUUCACUUAUGUCGUGACGCCAAUCCAUCAGCCGCUAAUCAAUUCUGUUUACGACAUUGCCGACAGAACUGAUAUCAAUUUACUUGUCAGAGAAGCGGGAUUCAUCAAUACGUUACUUUUGACUGCCAAUGAGACGGGUCUGUACACGAAAUUACGAGACAGGCUGAAUUCCUUCGAUAAAUCUGUUUGCCCAGUUGUGUCCGAAUGCAUUCGAUUGGUUACACCAGGAUCAAGAAACGUUUACGCCGAUGCCAAAAGUUACCUCAAGGACGUAAUCAGGACAGAAUUCAAAAAGACUGGAAAAUGCAACUUGCAACUGGCGAAAGAAGGAUUCUUGAAUAUCGCAGCAUCGUUUGCCUUGCCGAAAAACAGCCCCUACACCCAAACUAUAACCCAAGGGAUAUUGGAAAUGCAACAAAUUGGUCUAAUCGACCAUUGGGACUCGUGGUUCCGCCCAAUGCCUCCUCAAUGUACCGGAAAACCGCAAAUUGAAAACAAAGCAACGGGAAACAAACUAACGCGUCUUAACAUGAAAAAUUUGACUGGCGCAUUCAUUGUCCUUUUAGUUGGAUUAAGUCUUUCCCUGUUGGCUUUUCUUUGUGAGAUAAUUAUUUCAAAUUUAGGCAAACGCCGUCGUACGCAGUUGCAAGUAGAAUCGAGUACAGUCAUCAACGUUACCGAACAUCAGGAACCUACAAUAAUCCUACUAAACUAAUGGGUUUUAGAAUUACUGCCAGUAAAAAAAAAAAACUGAUUUACAGAAGAAAAUGCUUGUGCUUAUUUUAAUUUCUAUUUCUCGUUGGAAGCAGCGUUGUUUAAACUUGCACUUCUCCUGUAACGGUGUUGCACAUGCUUCUUUCGGCUACUAGUGGGUUUAAGAAAUAGUAAUACGUUUUAAUUUCGAUCCAAAACUGGUGUCGGGUACAUAUUAAAUUGUUUCAAUCAAAAUUGGCCAACGAAGAGGAGGUGCUAAAGUUGUGAGAUACACAAUCGGGCCUGAUCUGCAGUCGUUUCUACAAAUGAGUUAUUUUAAACCCUGGCUGAGUCAACUUAAACAGCAAGAGAAAACGGUCAACCGCCUAGCUGAGGAAUAAUCGUACUCCGAACUGCGUCACGAUUUAUAACAACGUCACCUAAUAGUAAAAAAGGAAGAA